UUCGUCGAUUCUUGUUUCCCUUCUUGCUUGACUGAUCAGUCACAUCAUACUUUCACUUUCGAGAUGAAAUCAUCGUCAAAUAGCUUUUCAGAUUUACAUGUCACGCAAUUGAAGAAAUAUUUAUGAAAGGAUGUACGAGUCGGGUUUAAAGCCAUACUUGCAUUUUACAAACGCCUUAAGUUUAGAAUUCAAAACAAACACAUGAGUCAUUUAUAUGAAUACGUGGAUCGGGUGGCACAGGAAAUACAUGUACUAGAAAUGAUAAAAGUUGUAUAGUACUUAGCAAGGAGGAAAUGCGUUUGGCAAAAAAUGGAAUGCAGUUUAUCUCAUUGUUUCCAGAAGACGUUGAGUGGUUAGAAGUAAACAGCGAAAACAAAAUUAAUUUUUACUUUGCAAAGGGUAAAAUGAUCAGCAAUAUCUUAAAUUCUCGUUUCUGCUCAUCAUAUUACAUCACCAAGCUGAACACAGCAAUCGAAAAUACAUCAAUCACAGCUGGUAAGGAAUGGAAGGAAAUGUCCCAGCAAACACCAGCAGAUGCUUGUCCCUAUUGUAACUAUUACUCUAUUAUCAUCUUGGAUCAUCUUGUCAAGUUUACUCAAAGAAAAGGAGACACAUCAUUGUUGCUAGGGAUACCGUUACCAUGCCAUUGUAUUGACAAUUAUCUUCAAUCGCAGGGGGUCCAGCUUCAAAGCUCUCACCUUCAAAGUCAAGCAGUAGAUCUAGUAAUUGUACCAUUAUUAGAUAGUGUCCCCCCUGAAUACUGUAUUAGCCAAACCCUUGAACUGAAGAUAAAGAGGACUCUUCUAAAUACAUGCAUUAGUACACUCAAGGUCUUAAAUCCGGGGGGGACAUUUGUAUGUCAGCUUUACACCUCCCUAACUCGCUUUACCGUGAGUGUUCUGUACAUUCUACACUGCUUAUUUAAAUGCAUCGCGGUUAUCAAGCCUGUGGUGGGUUCCCUGUGUUGUCCAAACCGAUUUAUUGUGUGCAAAGGAUACAUUGGAUUUGACCAGGACAUUUUAACGUCACUGAUGAAGGCACAUGACCUUCUAGUCACAUGUCAACCGCAAGAGGAUUUGCUUGAGGUCAUCGAUAUGAAGUGUUUGUAUGAAGAGAAGUUCUUCGGGUUUGUCAGAACAAUGAAUGAACAACUUGCGCAUGUCCAGAUUGUUGACAUUGUUAAUCGAGAGUCGUUUGAACGUGAUGUCUUCAACAAGCAAACUGCUGAUUUAGUUAAAGAAUCCAUGAAUCAUUUUAAAAUUACUGUAAAUGCUUAGGAAUCUGGUUUAUAUUAAAAUGGUGGAAACUAGCA